GAAAGGACAAACUUGUUGAAAGAAAAAAGUCAUUCCGGAUCUUUUCUCACAACUCUUAUCCCAAAUAAAAUACACGUCCAAGCGCUAGCAUCCCUUUUAUUCAAAUUCAAAAUUCACCACCGUCGACGUCUUCCUUCCCUCCCACCCUUUCUAGAACAAGAAAAUCCGCUAAAAUUCUUCAUCCCAUCAAUGGAGAAACGCCUUCGUUCUUCGCUCAAAACUUCUGCCGAAGAAUUCCUUUCUUCAAUAACAAAACUGGGUUUCAAUAAAUCCAUUAAACCCUCUCUCAAAACCCUAAUCCAUUCCCUCUCCCCUUCUUCAGCUCUCAUCACUACGCUCCCGCUCGCUCUCCACAACUCCAUUACACAAUCCAUUCGUAAAUACAAAGCCGUGAAUGAAUCCAACGAUGUCGUUUUAUCUCCUCAAACCCCGCCUACUAAACGCGUACGCAGAUCUGCUAGGAACAAGAAGUGUGAAGAAGAAGGAGACAAUGAAGAUGAGGCGAAGGGAUUGAUAGUUGAGAAUAUUCGUAUAUAUGUGUAUGUGGGGUCUCUUUGUGUUUCUCAUCCGAGAAAAGUGUUUAGUGAAUCGGAUUUGUUGCAGGGGGUUAAGGAGUUACAUGAUAGUUUGAUUUUUUUUGAUAUUGAUUCUGUUUUGGCAUCGGAGAUUGCUAAUUUAUGCGAGGAUUGGUGGAAGGAGGGGCUGUUUGGGAAGGAAGUGCUUAUUUCUCAGGCGUUGCCAUUUUUGUUGUCGAGGGCAUUGACGUUGAAGAAGAAAGUGGAUGUGCAUAGGGUUUAUGUGUUGAGGGAGGCAUUUACGCUGUUGGAUUUUGAGGAUGAGAGUAUUGAGGAUUUGAAGCAUUUGAUAAUGCGUUGUGUGAUUUCGCCUCUUUUUUUGAAGACGGAGGAUGGGAGGAAAUUUAUUGCGUUUACGUUUGGUUUGAGCGUGCAGCUUUUGAAAGAGGCGUUGGCUAUGCUUAAAUCACAGAUUCCGUUUGGACGUAAGUCGAUUUUGGAGGCGUUUGGGGAGAUUGUUUUUCGGGCGUGGAAGGUGUCGGAAGAAAUGGCUAAGGAUGAGAUUGAGAAUGGGUUCUUGCAAGGGAUAAUAGAUAGCUGUAUACAUGCUAGUUCAGCUGUACUUGCUGUGUCCACUCGAAGGGUUUUAGGGGGAUUUAUUAAUCAGAGAACCACAGAGGGAGUAGAGAAGCUCAUUUUUUGUCUUGCUGAGCCUGUCAUAUUCCGGUCCUUGCAGGUUGCAAACUCAAAUGUCCGGCGGAAUGCAUUGCACUUAUUUCUAGAUCUAUUCCCUCUUGAAGAUCCAGAUGCGACAAAGGAGGUGAAAGACACACUCCUUGAUAAACAGUUUUUUCUACUGGAUAAGUUAUUCGUGGAUGAGUGCCCUGAUGUACGGGUUGUAGCAGUUGAAGGAUGUUGCCGCAUUCUUCAUUUGUUUUGGGAAAUUAUCCCUUCACCAACAAUCACAAAAACUCUAACCAGAAUCUUUGAACAUAUGAUACAUGACUCAUGCCCUGAGGUCAGGUUGUCAACAGUAAAUGCUGUGAUAUACCUACUUGGAAACCCCUACUCUCACGAGAUCCUUAAAGUGCUGUUACCAAGAAUGGGUCAUUUGAUUCAUGAUAUUUCUCCUCCAGUUCGUGCUGCAGUCGUAGAUCUCCUUCUCACUUCAAUGGAUUUAAGAAAAUUUCAGUUUCACAAGGUUGUGCAUAUAGACCUCUUGUUGUCUACCCUUGCAAAUGACCAACCAAUGAUUGGUCAGAAAAUCACUAAGCUUCUCCUUCCUUCAUACUUCCCCUUAAAAGUAAACGUGAAAGAAGCAUGCAAUCGCUGUGUCACACUUAUAAAAAGGUCUCCUUUGGCUGGUGCAAGGUUCUGUGAAUUUGCUGUAUCAGAAGAAACCUCGCUGCAGUCAUGGAUGGAACUCUUGAAAAUUCUCAUCAGUAUGAUUGUAUCACCUGGUAAUUUGGAGACGGAGCAGAUUGAUGGUUCAAUUAUUGCAGCCUCCCACCUCUGUAUCUAUCUUGUACGUGAUGGGUCUUAUCAGAUUAAACUUAAGGAGGAAUUGUCUGGUGAAAGAUUGAAGCACUUAUUUGCUGCUGCAACUUCAGCGUGUGCCCAGGCCUCUGUCUGUAACAUUAUUUGCAGUAUCGGUCCAGAUGCAGUGGAUGACCUUUUCGAUGAAUGCAUGACCUUGGUAACAAAUUGUGGAGAUUUAUCCAAUUCUUUAGAAAAGCAAGCUGAGGUGAGGUCUGUCCACAAGAUGAUGCUAUCUUGCAAUUGGUUGGAUGAGAUGCUUGAAAAUCUAGCUAGGCUUCUGCAAAGAACUGCCUCCGAGUGCCACAAGAGAUUUGGGACAGAGCUGGCAAAAUUUAGUGUUUUAUCAACUAAACAGAGAAAUAUUACGUCCUCCAUCAAGCUCUCCUCUAAAUCAAAGCAUGCGAGGGAGAAAAAGAUGUCCAAUAAGGUUAAAUGUAGUUUCGAGGAAGAAUACGAAAUAACUGUAGGAGUGGCUUGGCAGUUAAAGGACCUCCUUUUAUCUGAAAAUACAAGGAAUGCUAUUCUACGGUGCGGAAGCUUAGAAACUAUAUUCCUUUCUAUGAAGGCCAUCUCAGAAAUUAGCAUUUUACAAUGUACACAAUGUGAUUAUAUGAGUGUGUCCCCGGUUUUGGCAUACACAGCUCUUGCUCUUCAUAGGUCUUUUCAGGACAACUUAAGUGGAGACAGAAAUGUCAAUAAGAAGAAGCGUAAAAUGGCAUCCGCAAAUGAAACAUCGGAGGAAACUGCAUUGGAAAUGACAAUCCACCAUCUUCUUGGCUGUACAAAUAAGCUAUUUGGAGCACCAUUUAGUGAAAUAUCUGACCUCACCAGUAAUGGAUCUGAUUUUACUAAACAACAGAGGAUAUUAAAUGUGGUCAAGGUGCUAACCGCAGUGCUGAAGUUCAUUGCUGAUGCUCACACGAUGGAUCUUGUCCAUAAAAGACAGGAGGAAUGCCUAUCCUUUACCCUGGAAAACAUAAGAUUUAUCAUCUCAAGUUUGAGGAGAAGUUAUGAUGAGGAGCUGCAAUUUACAGAAGACAUGUUGAAAGAAAUAUAUAUGUGUCUGAAGAGUUCCUUCACAUAUGUAGCCAAGUUGAUGAAUGUAGUGCUAAAGAGUUCCUCUGAGGUGACACAACCUGUAUGGGGAGCUUUUGACAUUGCCAAUGAAUUGUUAAACCUCUAUGUUUCCAUUGAAGAGCACUUGGGGUAUGGAUAUGCAGUUCGUCUUUUUCCUGCUGUCAAACCAUGGGUUCCUGAUUUAAUUCUGGCAUUAGGAUCUGUAAACCUGAUGAAGCAGAUUCCUGGAGGCAGAUCUAGUUCCUUUAAUCCAAAAGAUGAUCUUCCAUUGUGGGUAUCCACAUUAGCGAGGACUGAGCUGGCUGAACAAGAUACAAUUUCUGAUGAGGAGCCUGAUAAAAUUUCUAAGACAGGGAGCUUCAAAACAUUCAGGAAACUUGUGAACUUAAUGGUUCAUCUGUUGAGAGCUAACUAUAAUGUGCUGGAUGCAGUUGGACAGACUAUAUUGAAUAAUUUGCUAGUUGGACUGAAAAGAAAGAAUUUUGAUCUUGUGUUUGGGCUCCUGCAUUUUGUGUGUGUUAAGUUAGUCGGACAUGACGAAAGAGAGUGGAAGGAACUUGCAUCCAUGUUGCAAUCCCUCCAGCAGAUCUACUCUCAACUGGAGUUAGAAGAAGAAUCAUGUAAUGAUGAGGCUGCAAGGCAGGAGUUACAAAUUGCAAGGGCAUUGGUUGAACCUGUUUGGAAAUGUUAUUUAUGUGACGAUGUGAGGAAUUCCUUUGAAGAAGAGUAGGUUGCUUUCUCAUCUUAAAAACGGUUUCGAAAAAAGUUAUAGCAACCCUGAGACAUGACAGCAACAGAUAAACGGGCAUCUAAUAACGGGAGAACUUAAUAGAUUUUUAACAGCAGUGCUGGAUUUUGGUUUAAAUUAACCAAACAUACGUGUGUGUGUGUAUAUAUAUAUAUAUGGAUGUAUUUAUUCGGAGUGACAACACAUAAGAUAUCUGACUCCUUGUCUCUGCCAAGACGAUCAUUUUAACAUCACCUCUUAAAGAUUGCAGA